UGGCCGCGCCGCGCACUAUUUGACGUUUCUGCGAUCCCACUUUCCGGAAGAGAGUCCCAGCAGCUGACUAUGGCGACUACUGCGGAGCAGUGGGUGCUAGUGGAGAUGGUACAGGCGCUCUACGAGGCUCCUGCUUAUCAUCUUAUUUUGGAAGGAAUUCUGAUACUCUGGAUAAUUAGACUUCUCUUUUCUAAAACUUACAAACUACAAGAACGAUCUGAUCUUACACUGAAGGAAAAGGAAGAAUUGAUUGAAGAAUGGCAACCAGAACCUCUUGUUUCUCCUGUCUCAGAAGACCAUCCUGCUCUUAAGUACAACAUCGUUUCAGGCCCUCCAGGCCACAACAUAGUGGUGAAUGGAAAAGAAUGUAUAAACUUUGCCUCGUUUAAUUUUCUUGGAUUGUUGGGUAACCCCAGGAUUAAGGCAGCAGCUUUAGCAUCUCUAAAAAAGUAUGGUGUGGGGACUUGUGGACCCAGAGGAUUUUAUGGCACAUUUGAUGUGCAUUUGGAUUUGGAAGACCGCCUGGCGAAAUUUAUGAAGACGGAAGAGGCCAUUUUAUACUCAUAUGGAUUUGCCACAGUUGCCAGCGCCAUUCCCGCAUAUUCUAAGAGAGGGGACAUUGUGUUUGCAGAUAGAGCUGCUUGCUUUGCUAUUCAGAAGGGAUUACAGGCAUCACGUAGUGACAUUAAGUUAUUUAAGCAUAACGAUAUGGCUGACCUGGAGCGAUUACUAAAAGAACAGGAGAUCGAAGAUCAAAAGAAUCCUCGCAAGGCUCGUGUAACGCGACGUUUCAUAGUAGUGGAAGGAUUGUAUAUGAACACUGGAAGUAUUUGUCCUCUUCCAGAAUUGGUUAAGUUAAAGUAUAAAUACAAGGCGAGAAUCUUUCUGGAAGAAAGCCUUUCUUUUGGCGUUCUAGGAGAGCACGGCAGAGGAGUCACCGAACAUUAUGGAAUCAGUAUUGACGAUAUUGAUCUUAUCAGCGCAAACAUGGAGAAUUCACUUGCUUCUAUUGGGGGCUUCUGCUGUGGCAGGUCUUUCGUAAUUGACCAUCAGCGACUUUCUGGCCAGGGAUACUGCUUUUCGGCUUCGUUACCUCCUCUGCUAGCUGCCGCUGCAAUUGAAGCCCUCAAUAUUAUGGAAGAGAAUCCAGGUAUUUUUGCAUUGUUGCAGGAAAAGUGCAAACAAAUUCAUAAAGCUUUACAAGGCAUUUCUGGAUUAAAGGUGGUGGGGGAGUCAUUUUCUCCAGCAUUUCACCUACAACUAGAAGAGAGCACUGGGUCUCGAGAAAAAGAUGUUAAACUACUACAGGAAAUUGUAGAUCAAUGCAUGAACAGAAGUAUUGCAUUAACUCAGGCGCGCUACUUGGAGAAAGAAGAGAAGUGCCUCCCUCCUCCAAGCAUUAGGGUUGUGGUCACAGUUGAACAAACGGAAGAAGAACUGGAGAAAGCCGCGUCCACCAUCAAGGAGGUGGCCCAGGUUGUCCUGCUCUAGGCCUUGGCUCCGGGCUGGGUGGACUCCUUCCACUCAGCAGGAGGGCAGAGGCCUCCGUCGCUGGGGAGCGUGGACGUCUCACAGACCUCAGGCUGGCCGUGGAGGGACCCAAGCGAGAGCUGUAGAUGUUUACUAGGAUUAUUACCAAAUGGCGUGGAUGUGGACCAAAUGUAUGGCAGUGAGAAGGAUGCUUAUUAUUUUUAAAAAGAAAACGUAUCUAAAAGCCCAGGAACUGAAUUUUUAAAGAGGCAAACUAAUUACAGUGUAUGACAGGUAUUUAAAUUGUGCUCUUUAGUACUGUUCAAACACUUUGUUACACCAUGUUAUAUUGUGUUAUGUUGUCAUUGUUUAAAAAUGGAGCUUUAGUGUCUCUUCUCUGUCUUCUAGUAGAAAGGUUCUGUAAGCACUCUUUAACACCCUACUAUUUUGUAUAAAAAUGACUUUGAAACAUAAAAGCUUAGAGGAACACUCCGACAUCUGUGAUGCAGUAUUUAUUAUUUGAAGAUCUAAUUCGACUACAUUUUUUCCAGUCUCCAUCACAUGAAGCUAAAUGGUGGUUAAUAUACAAAGGAACACGUUUUGUGUGAUUAUUAUAAACUUUUUAUUAGAAUAUAUUUGAAUGUAGAGUUUUUGUAUACUAAAUAUAGUUACACCAUUUCUAACAGCUAAUCUUAGCAUCCUUAAAAGAAUAUUCAUUCUACUUCCUAAGUGAGCAAUAAUUUAAAUCAAAUACUAUUUUAUUUUAAUAUAGUUGACCUUUACAUUAUGUAUUGGCUUGUAAUCUAUUUUAGGAAAUGUUUUUGUGAUGAUCCCAAAAUAAAUCAUGUCCCUGCUAUUUUAGAAUAUCUUGAAUGUAUUCUUUUUUUGUAGAGUGGGUUUGCCUGGGGAUGGAUAACCACAGGCUUUUUCUAAGCUAAGAGAAGUGAAGUUUUUUUUUUUUUUCUUUCUUUUCAGCGUUAUAAACUCCAAAUGUCUAAAAAGAGAUAUGGAAGCACUAAAAAUGAAAAUUUUAAGUUAUACUUUAGCUAUCUGUUUUUUCUUCAGCAAACCAAAUUAGGUGGUGUAAAGUUUUGUGAUAAGUACUGCAAGAUAACUCAUAUAUAUAUAUAUAUACACACACACACCAUUAUUCCUUCUCUUAUUAAAGGUAAAGGAAUAAAAUUGUAAAAAGAAAAAAAAGUCAUUUUCAUAACCUAUGUUCAUAUUAACAAGUGGUCUUCAACAUGUUUUUAAAUAACACCUUGUAUUUUUAAAUGUUUAGUUUCUAUUUUAUUGGAGUUAUCUCGGACAUAUGUGCCUUGUGAUUGCUGCUGCUUUAAAAUGUACAGUUCUCUUUGGGAGAUGACUGUUUUGUUUUGUUUUUAAUGAAAUAAACCUACAUUCCUGAUGA